CCUUUUUAGAAAAGUGCAUCUAACAAUGGAAUGCGAUGUGUCGCCCGUUCCAUCAGUGCAGGCGAACCGUCCGACGAUACAGCAGCAACAACAACACAUCGGAACAGUGGUAGUAGCGACAGGAGCAAAAGGACCCACUAACAAUGGCAACAGCACUAGCGGUAGUAGCAGUGCCACAACCGCAUUGUCCACCACACUCAUCACCUCCACUACGACUACGGGUAGUCCGGACAUUGGUACCGCCGACGAAACGGUGGCGGCAUUCACCACCAUGGAACCAACGACGACGACGUCGGAAGAGGACGAUGCGACACCAUCCUCCUCGUCAGUGGCGGUGGUUACGACCGGUGCGACGAUGCCCACUACUGCAGCAGAAGUCGGACUUACCAUCAGCAGCAAUAACACUAGUAACAAUAACAGCCGAAAGACGACGAUGUUGAUGCCCUCGGAACCGGUGGCAGUGAUUGAAAUUAGCGAUCACAGCACGGCGGACGACAUUAGCUAUCCGGAGCUGGUCUCCUGCGUUGAUUCCGACCUCAACUGUGUAGUCCUGUCGGAUGAGUACGAUUCGUCGGUACCGCUCAGGGAGGACGACCCACUAAACGUGUCGACCGGUUCGAUCGAUAUACUGUCUUCGUCCCAGUGCAGUACACCGGUCCCACAAUCGAUCAGCAUUGUUGGUUCAGUAGAGGCUAAUACGUCCGGUCGGACAAGGAUAGCGACACCAUCCACCACCAGCAACAGUGCAACAACACCGAAACAUAAUCAUCAUUUACGGCGGAAUUUACCCCGCAUGGCGACCAACAGACAGCAGCAAACGGUAGUAAAACAACCGCAAUCAGGUGCUGGCAGUCGGGGUGGUGCAUCUACGGCAUCGUCGGAAAAACGUCAACUACGGCAGACAACGUCGGAAGGAAGCAGUUCCAGUGGUGGUGCAGCCUCAACGAUGCGUGAAGUUCUUGCCUCUAUUCCGGGGUUUAGCAUUAAGCCACGGAGACGCACGAACAAAAAGCUCUCCACAGCGGCACAGCUAGAACAAACGCGCGAAGGUUGUGUCGAUCUGGAAACGCCCGAUUCCAUACUGAUCCACACGAAUCUGCGCGCCCUGUUGAACAGGGAAACGUUUCAGCUGCUACCGCCACUGUAUCAGUACAAACUCGUGCAGCUUUUGCCACCCGUCGAUCGGCCCCCACUGCCCGAAGCGUCCCAGUGCGAGCGUAACGGCAUCCGGUUGAAUCCGUCCGGUUUAAACAACGAAUUCUUUGCCCGCGCCUGUCACGAAUGGCGCGACCGGUUAGCGGAGGGUGAAUUUACACCGGAAGCCCAGCUAAAGAUACGUUCGGAGGCGGAGCGCGAAAAGAGUAAGCUCGAUCCGUGGAAGCUGAAACACUUUGAACCGAUGUGGGGCGACAGGAAGUAUGCGUCGACGUUUUUCGGUGCGGCAGGUACGGUGGCAAAUCCAGCGCCACCGACACCACCACCAGCGACGGUAUCGUUGGCGGAUGAACAGCCGCCGAGCCAGUCUUCACAACCACCUGUAGUAGCAGUAGCACCGGCGCAACAAUCGAUACCGGUACAGCUACCGCUCCAGACUCCAGUGGGGGGUGCGAGUAGUUCUAUCGCUCCGACAGUUUCCAUCGUACCGAUGUCGAAAGGUAGUACAAUUGUUACUGUCGCACGGCCAGCUCCUCAACCGGUAACGUUCGCCGCUCAUGCGACUCGAGUAGUAAAUCCCGCCGUUACGGCAAAGAUUGAUCCAAGUUCGCGAACGUUGGGGAAAAUGCAGGCAAUCACAUUUUCCACUGCGGCCGGUGUGGUACGACCAACGGCGAACGUUGCUAGCAGUAGCAGCAGUAACACAAUUAUUACGUCCUCCACCGGUACCAUUAUACUACCCUCGCGGACGACAAUAACGGUCACUUCUGGCGGUGCGCCUAAAAGUGGAAAUUGUGGAACCGGUGUGACGGGUGUGACUGUUGGAUCGAAUAGCGGGUUAACGGUGGUACCGAUUAAUAUGCUGACGGCAAGCGGUAGUAAUAGUAGCAGCAAUAACAGACCCGCCCUCAAAACUACGAUAAAGCUACGGCCAACGACAGCCAUUGCAACGAGUACUACGGCCGCAUCCGCAACCGGCGGCAACGGUAGCAAACAGCCUCCAUAUUCCAUUGGUUCCUCAACGAAUUCCGCAGUUGUGAUUGGAACAACGACGGCAACGGCUACUGUUGGAGGAACCAAGCGUAUUCUACCAUCCACCUCCAUGAGUGUUAGCAGCAGCAGUAGUAACAGCAGUUCCGCUAUCAGCAGUACUAAUUGCGUUGAUCAGAGUGGAACCACCGCCAGUAGUUCGCAGCCAAUGUCUCCUAAACGCCUUCGUACCGUUGGUGCGGUGACGAGAUCGGCAUUAGCUGGCACAGGAACGCAACAGCUACCACCACCACAACACAAUCCCCUGCCGACUACAACUACCACCUCUGCUGCAAUGGCUGCUGGAUCAACGAUAACGCUCGGAUCGCGUCCGGUUGUUGUAAAAGUGGUCGAACCGUAUCGUCCUUCUGCGAUGGUUCGUGCCGUCCCGGUUGAUCCGACGGUGUUGCAGGCCGGCUCAAGCUUAAAACGAACCCGCCCACUAACACCCGAACUCAGUAGCAUUAAAAUGGCGUCGAAACGGAAAGCGGACGGCGAACAGCAACCGUUCGGCAGCAGUUUGCCGCACAAUAAUCCGCGUCGUAUGGUAGCCGUUGUAACCGGAAACGCAACAAACAGUGGCGGAGAAGGGAACAGCGUCAGCAUCAACACUAGCAAUGCAGCAAUGUACAUAAGCAGUAAUAGUAGUAUCAAUCGCCUUAUCACCGCCACCAGCAGCACAACUAUGCAGGCCACCUCGACGGACAGCAGAAGCAGCAAAAGAGGUGUCACUGGUGGCACUAGCAAUAGCAAUAGUAGUAGAAUAAAUAUUAGCUGUAGUAGCAUCACUAGUGGUAGUAGUAGCACUACCACUACUGUCAGAAGCAACACGUCGGAAGGUUUACUAAUUGUUAAUCCCACCACUACAAAUACCACCAGUACCACUACCACCACAACCAGCCAUGCCGGAGCUGGUACAACUAUCGGCCAUUUAUUGAAGUCGUCAGGUGGGAAAAAGCCACACAAACAGGUGUUGGUGGAAUGUGAUACGCGAAACACGACGCCACCGAUCGACACGACCACCAAUCGGAUGAUGUUGCUGGACGGUGGUGUCAACGAGAAGCGUCGGCGAGGGCUUCUAGUGAAUGAAGCAGUUGUUCCACCUGUUCCGGUUGUUGUUGGUCCGUCUAAGCGACGAGUACCACGACAAGGGCUGAAACCGAACCGGAGUAGAACAUCCUCGAUGAUACCAACGACGACGAUAACGAUAGUGGAUGACGAUGUGGAUGGGCCGUCAACGAACGUUGGACUAGAGGACGCAGCUGAUAGUCAGGAGCUGGACGAAACGGGCGAGAAUCCGGACGUUUUACGAAGAAGAAUCGUAGGACCAAUGGUAAAUGGUGAUGUGAUUGAAGUAAGCGAACGACGAACUUCUUCACCACCGCUCGUACCUUCGUCGGAUAUUAUUCUGGAGGAGGCUAUCGACUGUGGGGAUGUGGUAGAUAGUGGAGAGCAUCGGUUAAAGAGCGAUUUAAUGGAUGCGAAUUGCUCCCCGCAUUUACAAGAUACGAUCGAGCAGCAAAGAUUGAAUGCACGCGGCGAUCGAGUUAUGAAUCUUAACCAUCUCCACACGAUCAACGAUAGUGGCGGUACGACACAGAUGAUCUACGAUCAAAACACUGGCCAGGUGUAUAGUGUCAUGUGUUUACCGCAACCGAACAAUUCUAAUCUCGGUGCCAGUGGGUUAAGCCUCCGAUCACUCCCAUCCUCGUUGACCGUAACGGCUUUACCGCAGCAACCGCAACAGCCGCCUCAGCAACCGCCACCGCAGCUAUCGAUUUCCAACGAUAGUAGCAAUAGUAGCAGCGUAUCGACUACCGCCAUGAUGGCAGCGAGCGACAAUCAUCUGGAUGGCGGGGCAGGCGUGGUAGGAGGUGGAGCUGCGGGACCGGGCUUAAGUACGUUUGAGAACGUACUGCGCCAGAAUGUGUUGGAUGGGUCGGAACUGGUGAUCAUUAACGAUCAGACACGCCAGGACGAGGAAGUGAUUCGGUUGAAGGAAGAGGAUGAGGAGGAUGAAGAGGAAGACGAUGAGGGCGAUGGAGAGCAGGUGCAUACCACAACCACAACAACCAACACUGCCGACGAAGAGGAAGAGGAGGACGAGGAAGACGAAGAAGAAGGAGAGGGAGAUGAAAUCGGAGAGGAGAAUGGUGAGGAAGAUCCGGAUUUAAAUGAGCAAGAGAUCCUAAGGCAUGGAUUACAGCUGCACGAAGAAUUAGCUGGGACUUGUGAAGAUGAUGAAGAGCAUCAGGCUCCAGGGGAGUGUUUUAAUGGUGAACUGAUAAGAACCGCUGCUGGUGUAACAAUCGGCAACAAGUUGGGUAACUAUAGUCAAGGGAACCUACAGAAACAGCUUCAUCUGCAUCAGCAGCAGCAGCAGCAGCACAAUAAUCAUCUUCAUGGUCAGCACCAUCACCACCGGCAGGGAGCGAUAGCCGGCGUUGGCGGUGGUAUGAUGAAUAUGAAUUUAACCGGAUUUCAUCACGAUCACGAACUUCUGCACCAGCAGCAGCAGCAGCAACUGCAGCAGCUUCAAAACGCUACCACUAGUUCACCGUGCUCCGUGUCUUCGGAUCAGCCGGGACUCAUGAUGAUGGUGACGACAACUACGGACGGUCACGAGGACGAUCCGGCUGGACUGUCGUCAAACAGCGGUGACGUGAUGGUGAUGACGACGAGCAACUACUGUGAUAAUCUGUCCGCCGCCGACGAAGCUGACGGUGAGGACGAAGAAGAGGAGGAAGAGGAUGCGGAUGUUCACGAGCGACGACGACAUUUGCACGAGGAGGAGGAUGGUGAGCAGCGCGAUGACGAGCACGAUCAGCUGCUGUUGGACGGUGGUAGUAGUGUGGGAUUGGAGGAGGAAGCUGUCGGUACGAUCGUGGAUCAGUACGGCAAUCAUCACCAUCCGGGUCAUCUGAACCAUCACGGAUCAGAGGAGGAGGAGGAGGAUGAUGAAGAUGUGGAAGAGGCCAGUUUUGUGCUGGAUCAGAUGCAACAGUUGCAGCAACAGUUUCAUCUUGCCGGGGCACAAAACCAUCACCAGCAGCAACAACAGCAGCAGCACGGUUUGCUUCACAAUCAUCAAUCGAUGGUGACGUCUUCCGAAAGUAUUGCUGGAGAAGGAUCGGAAAUGCAUCUGUAUCCAGGUGUCAGUGGUAUGUUGCUGGAAGGCGUUGAUGGUGCUGGAUGUGUGGAGGAGAGUUGUGAGGAUGAAGAGGUAGCAGUACAUCAGCAACAGCAGCAUCAGCAUCUGGCCGAUGAUGAGACACAAGAUGAUCAACAGUUGUUGCAACAGCAUCAACAGCAAACGCCAUCUGUCCAACAGCAACAGUACGCCAACAAUGAACAUCAUCAGCUAGUGCAGAAGUACAUCGACGAGAUGGACACUAUCGGUGGAGAUGGGGCAAGUGUUGUGGGCGAUGGAAGUGAUCCUGGCGCUGGAUACGUCAUGGACACGAGCAGUGGCGAAAUGAUUCGGACAGAAAGUGACUUAGUUGUGGAACACAAUCACCACGAUCAUGGGACGCUAAUGUUCGAUCAGGUGGGCACUGUUGCGCAAGAACGACACGAUGGCAAACCGGUAUGCACUACGGACGUGAAUAUGGGCGAUGGAAGGGAUGCUCCUUCUUCGGUGUUUGAAGAUCAGUACGUAUCGCAUGAUGUUGGUCCAAUCGUUGAAGUUUCGGACGACAUACUGCACAGCAAAGCACACGAAUCGGAUACAUCCGAAGGGAAAGAGAUACUCGAUGAACGGCGCAUUGUUGACGUAAUUCAGGAGGAGACGUAUGCCGAGCUCGGGAUGAUACAGUCGGAACAGCGAGAUCAUAUGUCACAGCAGCACAGUAUGCGAUCGUUGAUGGUACCGGGUGUCGUUAAUGUGUCGACAACACACUCAACCGAACGUUCGUUUGCUUCAACGAUGAGUAGCGGUGGUGGCAUGCCUGUGCUGGCCACGAAACGUACCACCAUUUUGGUGGUGGAAGAUUGCAUAUCAACGAAUGGUUUGCAUAGCCCGUUCGAGCCGGGACGGUUUGGCAGGAGACGCUCACUGAACGGUGUCGAUAAUGUGCUCUCUUCCAUACCGAUGUUAAAGUUCGCACCCAAAGAAGCCACGGAUUCGCCUCUAGGGAGGAAAUGUAACAACGAUCUCUUUCACGGCAAAGAGGAUGGUUCAUGUGCACCGGAAGUCGAAGAAGUAGUUGUUGGAGGACACGAACAUAAGGGCGACCAUGUUGAGGGCGGCGUCGUCGAGGAAGUGCUCGCAUCCUCCUGUGGUGAUUGGCCACAGUAUAAGAUGGAAAUGAUGGAUGCAACGAAGAUGAUGGUAGUAGAUCAUCAUCAACUCGUUGAUGGCAAUAACAGUAUUAUCAUUUCACCAAUCGGUACGCCAGGAUCGGCCACGAUGAUACCUUCUCCCGGUGCAACAACACUCCAGCAACAGCAGCAACAGUCGCAGCAACAACAACAACAACUUCAUAAUUCUCAAUCGCUUCAUCAACACAUAGCGACAGUGAAUCAACAGCAACGCACAAUACAGCCACAACAGUCAACACCCAUAUCGAUGGCAACCAAUACCGCAACACUCGUACAACAAAUAGCCAGCCACAAUUCUCUCCAGCAACAACAUCAGCGUCCGCAGCAGCAACAACAGCAACCACAACUGCAUUCAUCCGAGGGCAGUAACGCUUCUACGACAGGGAUAAGUUUUUUAGCUCAUCAUACUCAGCCCACCGUACAAACCAUGACUCCCGGAACGCCAACAACCGUGCUUAACUCAUCACAACAACAGCCACAACCUCCGCAGCAAGGUUUAAGCAUAUUUCAACUACACCCUCAGCAGCAGCAACAGCAACACCAUAGUCCUCAGCCAGUUUUAGGAUGCGGCAACAGCACGAUUCAGCUUACAACAGAGAUUAAAGACGGUAUUCGCAGCAAUAUGUUGAAGACGGAACCAGGCGUUAGUUACACCACAAUUCGUCAAGGCAAUCAGCUCGUAACGCGCAUCAAGCUGGAAAGUGAAGAUACUCAGCAACUACAGUCUCAGCAGCAACAGCAACAACAACAGCAGGUCCAACCGAGCUCACAAACAUUUCAACCCCAACUGUCCAAAGUAAACGUCGUCACGUCCUCUCCACUCAUUUCAAUCGGCCCAAGCAGCCAAGACAAUUUGUCCCGCGUGAUAGAAAGUGUUGCUGGGAACUAUUCCUCCACAAACGCUGCUGUAGGUGGUGGUCAACAGCAGCAACAACAGAUUAUCACACAUCAGCAGCAGCAGCAGCAAUUAAUUCAGCACGUACAGACUGCUGCCGGACAUCAACUCCGUUACGAAAUGGAUCCGACGACCGUUCUCCAGCAACAGCAACAACCACAAUCUGCAUCUCCCUCACCACAACAGCAACAUCUCAUUGCACAACAGCAACAGCCAAAGUUCAUUAUAACAUCUCGCCCGCUCGGUACAGUGAAUGCUGCGUCAGCAACCGGUACGAAGCUGCCACUCACCGUUCAAGCGACCAAUGUGAUACCUCAUAUUCAAAAUCCGCAACAAUUCAUUCAGACGCAAGAUCAGCAGUUGCAGCUUACCAAUCAGCCCACCGUUACGACGCUGCAGAAACCGAUCCAACUGCAAAAGAUCAUUAUGGCAACGCCAGCUAUUAAUCAGCACCAGCAACAACAGCAACAAAGACCCCGAUUGCCUCUACAGCGUACCCAGUACAGUGUGCAAGCCAUUCCGCAGCAACAGCAGCCACCACAACCACAUCAGUUCCAACAAGCACCGAAGGUACCGCCACAGACUGCUGCUGCUACUCCUCCAACUCAAUCGCAACAGCGCUUUCAACAAAAAUAUGUCACAAAUCAGCUGAUUCGUGGACAGAAUGCAUUUCUAAUGAACAAUGUGCACCAUUUGCAGCAACAGCAAACGCAACAGCAACAGGUCGCAAAUACUGUAGGAGCGAAUGUGAUCGUUGGAGCGACAAGCAUCAGCCGAAGUAAACGAUCGAAUGAUGUCAGUUCUACCGGAACGCUUGCUACAAUCUCCACGGGCAAUGGAAGCGCCACCACGGGCGGUAAUGGUGGAAGUGGUGGCAAUAGCAGCGGCGGAUCCAGCUCAUCGUCUGGCGGUAGUAAGCGAGGAGGGCGAACGAGCAGUUCACGGUUACCGCCUGGUGCAGUAAACCUCGAACGAAGCUAUCAGAUCUGUCAGGCCGUGAUACAGAACAGUCCAAACAGACAUCAGCUGAAGGCGCAGCUUAAGUCACCGCAAGCUUUCCUAGCUGCUUCGAACAGCAAUUCUAACAGCAGCAUCAGCAGCAUUGGUAGUACGGGGAGUAGUAGUAGCAGCAGCAGUAGCAGUAGUAGCAGCAGUAGUGGUGUCUCUGCGAGCAGUAUUAUUGGCAACAAUACCAAAGAGGAUGCAAACAGCAACAGCAGUGGUGCUGGCAUUAGCAGUGCCUUUGGCGGAGUGUUAGGUAUUGGAGGAAGCAAGGUAUCCCGUUUGGUCAACUCAUCAAAGCGUACCGUUUCGGCAGGUGGCGUAAGACCACAAUCAUCCAUCGUAGUCCGUCAGGUGUACACGGGUGGGUCCGGCACAACAACUGCGCCAGUAGUUGCUGCCUCCGGUCAGUCAAAUCCAAUCAGUAUUAUUUCGGCGACACAAUCGCAACACCAACAGCUCCAUGCGCUCGGCGGGGAUCAACUGCAACAGGUGCCCGGACAGAUCAUCAGUGUGAGUGCUGCUCCGACGAUCGUGCAUGCUGCUUCCGCUGCAAGUAACAACAAUGGGACAAAUGUAGCUGCUGGUGGUGGUGGUGGAGUUCCAGUCGCCGGUGCUGGAGGGAAUUUCACUGCUGGUGGGAAGUAUUUGCUAGUGCAGCGUACAGCGGCCCAUAUUGGUGAUAUCGUAACGCCACGGGCAGCCAGUGCUCCACCGACGCAUAAUCAGAUCCAAAUUCACCAGGUUCCUGCACCACAAGCGCAACAACAGCAACCGCAACUUCACCAGCAAAUGGCCGCCGUGCAGCAACAGCAGCAACAUAUUUCCCACCAGGUGCAGCAUCAUCUCCAACAGCAGCAGCAGCAGCAUCAGCACCAGUUGCAGCAGCAGCAGCAGUUAGCGGUCGGUGCGAAUGCCGUUGCGCCCGCCACCACCAGCCUACCGGCGGCAAUCACCCGCCGAAUACCGUCCACCCACGUGAUUACUACUACUACCACCACCACCAUGAACAACAGCCUCACUUCUUCCUACGGUCAAGAGGAUGCUCAUCCGAUCGAUCCAACGGUAAUGGCGUCCGGCGGUGGUGCUGAAGGAGAAGGUACGACAACGGACGAUGGACCAUCUGCAGGUUCGAGUGGUUCGAUCGUUUACGUGAAUAAUGCCUCCACGUCCAAUGCACACCAGCAACGACAAGAAGGUCUUCUGGAAAGCUGUGGAAGUGAAGCAGUGAACGGAGAAGCAAUGGUGGCUGUUGCAGGGAACGAGCUGGAUGUUACGCAGUUUUCCGAUCAGUUGAUUGGUGGCCAUACUGCUCAAAACGAUAACAGAAUGGCGCUAGACGGAGUUAACGUGCUUGUUGAUGGAUUCAUCAAUAAUGAUGAUGCAGGCAAUCAUCUUACUACUACUGCUGGGAUUGAGUCGUCACAACAACAGGACGCCAUUACUAUCAGCACGACAGAAAAUGGUAUCGAAACUUCUUACUCGCCGCAACUUGCGAACGAGUCCUCCCGGGACGAUGAAGAUGAUCGCGAUGGCACGGCGGAACCAGUCGAUGGGCAUGACGUGCAGGACGACGGUUGUUCCUGUUCGCUUAAUGCGAUGGUUAUCUGCCAGCAGUGUGGUGCCUUCUGCCACGAUGACUGCAUCAGUGCAACGAAGCUGUGUGUGUCCUGCGUAGUACGCUAG